CCGAGCGCCUCCGGGCCACGGCGCGCGCGUGGGCCGCUGGAGAGCGGCGACAGCGCUGCGGCCACGUGCACCACGCGCCGUCUCUUCUGCUGCUCGAAUGAACAUGACGCAGUUCAUCGGGAACUCACCUGUGCUAUAGUUGCGGACGCCGCCAUGACGCGCACUGGCAGCGGACGGCCGACCCCUGCGCCCCGGGUCCCGGUGCCGCCGCCGCAGCUGCUUGUGGUGAGCCCGAUGCACGUGGUAACGCUGACGGCCCGGCGGUCCUGGGGCGUGCGCAUGGCCCAGCGGCUGCACACCAUCUCUCAACGAUGGUUCGGGCACCUGCUCCUGCUGGUCCUGCUGGCCGCAUAUGCAGCGCUGGGGGCGUUCGCAUUCCGCUACCUCGAAGGCCCGUACGAGGCGCGCGCAAAGGCGGGCCUCCAGCAGGUGCGUCGGCUGCUCGUGGAGGAGCUACGCCGGAGCUGCGGGAUGGCUGACGAGUUCCGGUGGCGGCGGCUGGCACAGCGGCGCCUGCAAGAGUACGAGGCGCAGAUGCGCGCUCUCUGUCAGGCAGGCGUCACGACGGACGCCGAGCGUCAGCUUUGGACAUUCUGGGGAGCCAUGUUCUACUGCGGAACCGUCUUCACCACCAUCGGUUACGGCAACAUCGCGCCGAGCACCAGCGCCGGCCGGGCAGCGACCAUCGCUUACGCGUUAUUUGGCAUUCCACUGCUGCUCAUGGUACUGGCAGACCUCGGAAAGCUGUUCACGCGCCUCAUCAAACUCGCCUUCUCGACCAUCCGGCGCUUCUACAACACCAAGAACAUGCGCAGCCUGCGUAGGGCCAGCCGCAGGGCCUCCAGAGCACCGGGACAGAUUCUUGUGGCCUGGAGGACCAAGGCGGCCUACUCGUCGUACCCACCCAGAGAGCGCAUCCGGCGCUCACGUGGCCGCUUACGGACGGAGGUCGCCGACGAGGCCGCGGCUGAGGCGCCGGUGCCGGUGUCGCUGGCGCUGCUUUUCCUCCUGGCCUACAUGACGCUGGGCGCGCUCAUGUUCUCGCUCUGGGAGGGCUGGAGCUUCUUCGAGGCAUUCUACUUCGUGUUCGUGUCCAUGAGCACCAUCGGCUUCGGAGACUACGUGCCGCAGCAGCCCGCGUUCAUGAUGGCCGCGUUUUUGUACCUCUUGUUCGGCCUCGCACUCACUUCCAUGUGCAUUACAGUAAUACAGGAAAAACUAGCGGCCACCUUCCAAAAGGCUCGGGCCCAGAUCGGCGUUUCGCUGGGACUGGGAGACGCCAGCGGCCUGCUGGGUGGCGCCUAUAUGGAGACGGCGCACCAUGGACCACUCCUGAACGCCGAGCCCGUUUAAGGACCCGGGUCUGGUACAUUGAUGGUCUCGGUAAUGCAGCGCGGAAACCGGCUUCUGGGGCGCUAUAACGUAAAACUAUUCCAAACUUUUCUAUUCCAAUUCUGCAAUCAGCCCUUCGCGAUUGGUCAAAAACUUUUUUGAACCACCCCCACUUCACCUGUCUGUCACGCGACGUCACGAAAACCACGAUAGCUCCCCCAUCUGAUAUGACGUGUAUACACUGAUUGUGCGUGAUUUGACCGAGCAAAAGAAAAAUAAUUAUUUCUGAUUCGACGCCUUUUUUGCCAUUAGCCCUCGGCUGUUAGUCGACAGUUUUCGGGCUGCACCCACUUCACCUGCCUCUCACGAGACGUCACAAAACCGCAAAAACAUACCACGUCCAAGUGACGCGUACGCGUUAAAGAUGCAUUAAUAUGCCGAACAAAACGGAAUUUUCUUCUGAAUAGCAGCAGGCUGCCCCGUUCCGAAAGGAAUAAAAAAUGGCUGUCACCGAUCGCUCAGGCACUGGCUACUGGCACCUGCCGGAGAGCAUGGGUUUAUUUGCGUGUAAAAAAACCUUUUUGCGUGGCCGUGUAACGUUUUGGAGCACUUUCAGCACGUUUACGACCUCGUUCUGCCAACUCUUCUUUGCUGAGGAUCCGUUUUAGAGACAUUCUUAACCUUCCGUUGCAUGUCGCCGCGAUUGUCGACGAGCCACCGCAAGCUAAGUAAGGGAAAGCGGACCAAUCGCAGACGCCGGCACCAUGCUCCUUAUCCGGUUAUCGAUUUUCAGCGCACUGGCUCGGCCCCAUCGAAUCCCUCUUCGCUUGAACGUGCUCCUUGCCUCUUGUCAGCCAAUUAGAUACGACAAGCCCCUCAGUGUAGGCAAUGUUAUUCGUUUUUCAAGCAAACAAAAGUGACCUCCUAUGAACGACGAGAGCGUUUGAUUGGUCUGUUCAGACAACCCUGCGGGUGACCACCCGAUGCUUGCGUCGUCGGUUACGCAAAUUUGACGUCAGGAGAUUGGAAUAAAAACAUAUUGGAAUAGUUUUACGUUAUAGGGUCCCAGUUGUACGAAACUUGUCGCAACGUGCUUAUCAUUUGGACGUCACACGGCAACACUGUACACUGCUUGCAGUGCAAGUUUCGUUCUCUUCGUGAGCUUUUCGAUAUAUAGAGGCGGUGUGUUCAUCGCAAAAAUAAUUAAUGUCAUCAUAGCUCAAGUACAAUGAAAUAACUUGGCGAGAUAAGAUCACUUUAUUAUUAUUACUUACACAAGAAGCACCAAAAGCAUGAUGCAAGAGCUUAUCAUUUGCUUUUAUAUAGUAAAGGCUAGCAUUGCAAGAACUUUGCGCAGACGGUA